GCAGGACGGAGCUGUGCUGGCACGCAGCAGCGCUGCGAGGAGGCAGGCUCUGCCCGAGCAGCACUGCCCCACCACCGGCAGCGGCAGCCCGCUUCCCAUCCUCGCUGUCAGCACCUGCGCCGCCUCCUUGGUGCACAGCGAGGGUCCUCCUGUCCCGGGCAGGAUGGGCCAGGCCAACUGCUGCUGCGGCUCCAGGGAGGCUCUGAGCGAGGCCGAGGCGGUGCUGAGCGCAGACGUGCGGCUGAGCCGGGGCCGCAAGAGGAGCGAGAGGCGCCUUCUCCUCCUCCCAGAGGAACUGGUCAUCGCCAAGUUGCAAGAUGACCCCAGCCUGCGCCCACAGCUCCGCCUGGCCCUGGACCAGCUGUGGGUGCUGAGCAGCGGGAAGGAGGCGGCGGGGGAGGAAGAAGCAGCCAAGGAGGAGGAGGAAGGCAGCGAGGAGGACAGCGCCUCCCUCCUCUUGGUGUGGCCCACGGGCUCCUGCCUGGCCACUUUCGGGUCCCGGACGCUGAAGGAGCUGUGGGUGGGCGCCCUGCUGGGGACGCCCGAAGGAGACAAGAGAGCCCGCCUGACGCGUCUCCCGUCGCUUCAACUCGUCGAGAAGGAGCUGAGCCGCCGCCAUGCCUGGAGGCCAUUCAACGCCAGGAGCCUGGAGAGGCUGAUGGAGCGCCAGGCAAAGGAUGCUCGCAAGCCAGGGCCUCUGCCGGCCCCGUCAAGCACCGAAGGGGGACUUUGCCGCUCCCCAGGUGAGUUUUGGAAAGAAAGGCGGGGAGGGCCUUCUUUUCUCCUGCAACGGGCACGUCUGCGGAAGUGAGGAUGCUGCUGCUGUUGCUGCUGCUGCCCUUCGCCCAGAGGAAGUUGGUGCCAAUCCCGCUGGAGCAGGAGAGA